UUGGUUGAAGGUUGUGGUCCUUUUCACUUCUUUAAAAGCUCACCUUUCUGUUCGUUCUCGUGUUUGUUUUGGGUGGAGAAGGUGGCGUACCCAAAGAUAAGGAGAAGUUACAUCGAUUGAAAACAAUUUCAGAGAAAGUGAGAGGGGCUUGAGAGAGAUGGAAGGAGGCAGAGAAAAUUCGAAGAUAGUGUGGAACGAGGCCGAGAAGAGAUUCGAGAGUGAAGAUAAGAAGGCAUUCAUCCAAUACCAUUUGAGAAACUCUGGUAAAGUAAUGGACAUCGUCCACACCUAUGUGCCUUCUUCAAAGAGAGGCCAAGGCUUGGCCUCCCACCUCUGUAUUUCCGCCUUUAACCACGCCAAGCUCCACUCCAUGAGUGUAAUACCCACCUGCUCCUACGUUUCUGAAACUUUUCUUGUGAGGAACCCAUCUUGGAAUACAGUUGUAAAUCCGGAAUAUCUAAAGUCUAGCAUCUGAGAUUCACAUGUUUGCAUGAUGCCCUGGCCCCUGCCAUGGGAGACAAAUUCUAGCAUGUAAAUAAAGGUGAAUUGGCCCAUCAUUAAAUACUUAAUCAUCUGGAUUUCUUUCUCUUGUAAAAGAAUAGAUCAUAUCCCCAGAAUGCAUUUUCUUAUUCUGUAUUUUUAAAGUA